AUGCAGAGAGACGCUGCAGUUGAAAGCACCUACAUGAACAAUCGGCUCCUUGUAGGCAACAUACCCGGAUUGGACUUGUACGAUUUCACGGCCACGCAGCAAGCCGACAUUGCAAAGGAGAUCACCGCGCUCUUCACCGAGAUAGCCUUCGCGAACGCUUCAUCGAAGCUAACCGAUGGCACAUACAUCGGCGCCAACGCCACCGCCGCAUCCCUCGACGCCCUUCCCCUCUCCGUCCUCUCCCUCGACAACGUCCCCGCCUACCGCCUCUCCGUCAACUGCACCCCGCGCCGUGCCGAGCAAAUCAGCAUCCUGCAGCCCUACGGCCAAUACCACAGCGUGACGCAGAUCUCCAUCCUCUGGAACGAAACCGGCAGCAGCACCACCGCCCUCGGCCCCCGCCAGGCGAACUACCCGGGCACGCCCUCGGACAUCUCCACCGGCGACGGCGACGACUACUCCUUCGUCGGCUUCACCCUCGGCAGCGAAGAAGCCUACCUCGGCCGGCUGAACCGCUUCAACCUAACCAACGACACGGCGCCCAGCCCCUACGGCGCCGUCCACUACGCCGCCUUCAACAUGUCGCAGUGGAGCUUCACCGGCACGCAGAGCACCAUGUCGACCAGCGGUUUGAGCUGCUCCCUCUACCGCGAGACCGGGACACUGAACUACGUCCGCGCCGGGAACACCUCUUCCACCACCUCCAGCUCCUCAUCCUCGUCGUCGUCUUGGACCAUCACGAACCCCACCUUCGACGAAACGACGAAAACCCGCAUCCCGUCGCUGCUCGCACAGUGGCAGACCAACCUCAACUACCGCGCGCCAUCCGCCAACAACCCAGGCAUCGGCCCGGCCCUGUGCUCGCGCGGCAGCACGUACUACGACAACACCUUCGGCGACUACGCGCUCAACUUCCUGUACGCGAGCGGCGAGGUGCAGCGGCUGACGUACGAAGUCGCUGCCUCGAGCGGCAACGCGACGCGCAACGCGGCCGAGUACUUCUACCCCCUGUCGGGCACGGAGACGGAGCAGCAUUACCGCAUCACGUACGUGCCUUCGAUACUGUUGGUCGGGUUGAUUAGUAUGCUGGGGGCGGCAGGGGUGACGGCGGCGAUGGCGCUGUUUGCGUGGAGGAGUGUGUCGGGGAGAGGUUUCAGGAGGGUGGAUCCGGUGAGGUUGUUGGUGGAUGGGGUUGUCGGGUUGAGGGGGGAGGUGGAGGAGGUGGCGAGGGUGGCGACGGGGUCGAAUACUGUUGUGGAUGAGUGGGCGGGGAGGUGUAGGGUGCGGUAUAGGGCGGUGGAUGAGGGGGUUGGGGAGCCGGUGAGGGUUGUGUUGGAGAAGAGGUAA